AACAGGGCUCUUGAGGUCAUCCACAGAAGAUGGGCCAUGUUGCGAGCCCUAGGUUGCAUCACCCCAGAAGUCCUUGAAAAAUGGGUCAAAGUGGACUUCAAAAAGCCUGUUUCGUUCAAAUCUGGAGCCCAAAUCUUCUCCGAAAGUGGCCUACACUACUUGGGCAACCCAAAUCUUGUCCACGCCCAAAGCAUCCUGGCAGUUUUGGGCGUCCAAGUGGUUCUAAUGGGCCUCGUUGAGGGCUUCCGCAUUAACGGCCUUCCUAGAGUCGAAGAGGGAAACAACCUGUACCCUGGUGGACAAUACUUUGACCCACUGGGCCUUGCCGAUGACGCAGUCACCUUUGCCGAGCUCAAGGUGAAAGAAAUCAGGAAUGGUAGGCUAGCCAUGUUCUCAACGUUUGGGUUCUUUGUCCAAGCUAUUGUCACUAGUAAAGGCCCACUUGAGAACCUGUUGGACUACCUUGACAAUCCUGUGGCUAACAACGAUUGGGUCUAUGCCACCAAGUUUGUACCCAGAUCAUAA